AUGUUGAACAUGAGCGGCACCACCACCGCCGCCGCCGCCGCCGCCAUAACCAGCCAGGACUCAGAUGCAAACCCGCGCGUGCGAGCACAGUGCGCAGGCGCAAUCAUGAGCCUGGCCAUCACCACAGAGGGAAAGCAGGCCGCCAUGGGUGCGGGCGUCACUGAUACGCUCCCACCGCUCUUGCGCGACUCCUCGUCGAGUGUUGUACUCGCUGCCAUCAAAGCCAUCACCACUGUUGCCGACCAUCCGCAAGCAAGGCGCCGCUUCUCCGGUCUCGUUGACCAGCUUGCUGCCCUCAAAGCCUCACACAAGUCUGGGCUGGACGAAAGUGCGUUUGAACGCGCCAUUGACAAAGCAAUCGCAACCAUCACCUGGAAGCCCUGA